UCGACGUUCCCGCACCUCCUUUCGAUGUUCCCGCACCUGCUUUCGAUGUGCCUGCACCUGCUUUCGACAUUCCCGCACCUGCUUUUGACGUUCCCGCACUUGCUUGCGACGUUCCCGCACCUGCUUUCGAUGUGUUUUCGCGUCUGUUUUAUGUUUCAAUUACCUGCAGUUUCAAUCUGUAUGGGCGCUCCCAGUGUAAUACCUAACAAUAUGAUCAUAUUUUAUGUUAUCUGAGCAUAUUCCGAGACCCUAGUGCGAAGUGUGC